AUGUGCCUCUACGAUGGCCUCCUGCCCCGCGCGCUCAGCAUAUUUGAGCUGCCGUCGCUGCGGUCGGGCCAACGCGGCAUCGUCAUCGGCAUGGGCGGAGGCUGCGAUGUGCUCGGUGCACUGGCCUUCGCGCAGGCGUGGGAGGCUCGGAGCCCGGGUGCUACAGUGCUCUUUGCCAACUGCGUUUCUCCGCGGCCGAUGCCGAGCCACGAGCAGCUCGCACCGCACCUGUGGCGCUGCCCUCCGAACGUCGUCCCGCUGGCGGCAGGAGACGGGUGCUACGGCUCCACCCGCCUCGAGCAGAGCCUUCCGCGCGGCGCCGAAGGCUCUCCCUUUCUGCUCGUGGUGCCGGAGGACGGGAAGGGGCCUUCUUCUGUGGAGGAGGUGACACGUGCAAACACCGGGGCUAUCACCUCCUCGCUCGCUCGCCUGCGCGUCGACGCGAUCCUCGCAGUCGACCUCGGAGGAGACUCGCUGACGGGAGGCGUCGACUUUGCAAGCGACCCGGAGUGCGGCCGCGACAGGCAGUCCGCCGUCGGCGCCAUGCGCGCCGCCGUCCGCCACGUGGAUGAGAGCGGCGCGCUUCUCGGCGUGGUGCCUCUCGCGCCGCUGCUGGAGCCGCUCUGCCGGCACUCCGCCCCGCUCGCGCCCAACCGCACGCCAAACAUCAUCAAGAGCGCGCUCGAGCGCGCCGCCGCGCCGCCCGAGGCUGCCGACGAGGGGGACGGCGAGGGGAGCGGCGCCGCGCGCCCCGACUUGUGCACAAUCAAUCGGCACGGAAACACAGCGCACGUCCCUUGGUCGUGGCUCACGACCGGCUUCUUCAAGCAGCCGUGCUUGCGCUUUCCUCUGGCUGACACCUAUGUCCAGGGUGGCGCGUUGCUGGAGGAGCCGGGAGAGAAGGAGGAUGAUCCAAACAGCACACCCGAUGCUGAGCCGGCCGAGCUGACCGCCAUGGGCGCACAGGAUGCUGCAGAUGCCGAGGCCGUGCUGAACCAGCUGAUGCGGACGGGCUGUUGUUUGUCCAGUAAAAGUUGGUGCAGUCAUUGGCCGGGUAUGCAACGUGACUGCACCUGCUAG